UAUGUCUCACCUUGGUAACCUGCUGCAACCUACUGGGACCUGGGGGUUGAUGAGCUGGUGUUUAACAACGAAAAUCAGCUCGUCCUACAGGAAUCCCAAAUGAUGGCAGAUCACGGAGAACCCUGCACUGCCUUGCAGGCCUCAUACUGCAUGAAUGGUGGAACAUGCUACCAAAUACCUUUAAUGGAGGCACUCUCCUGUGUGUGCAGUUCAAGCUACAUCGGCAGCAGGUGUGAGCAGUUUCAGCUCCAGAGCACAUCCGUCAACGGGGGGCAUGCGGGUCUGAUCACAGCCGUGGUGAUCGUCACUCUUCUCGUCUUAACUGUCGUGGCCUUCGUCCUCUACUACGCAUGCAAGACGUGGAAAACCAAAACAGACAGCUCACGGAGCGGCCGACAACAGUACUGGAGGGUGAAGUCUAGAGUAUGACCCUAUACUGUAUUCAUGCACAGUAGUCCCAUUUUACCGUGGACGUAAGAGUGGUUUCUCUGAGGGACCGCAAGCUGCCUUGGAAGUGGAUGUGAAGGGGUGAUUAGAAGAGCGAACACAGUUCAAACAGGCCAUAUUGUAUUCACCGAUCCUCCCUGCAUUAAUUAAGGCUGGUGAUGAUCUAUCUGGAUUAGUUAUAAUGACCGCUGCACCAAGGAUAUAUGUACGUAUAUAUAGCCUCCAAUUAUGUCGAUUUAAUGCAAUUUGACAAAGUAGUUUGUCACGACACAGACCUACAUGCUUUUACCCAGUGUAGGCCUAAAGCGUAAAUGAGCAAUUCAAUUGCCAUCUAACGUUAUAGCGUGAUGAAUGUGGAUGGGAAGUUAAUGUUACGUUACCUUUAUACAAUUAACUUUUUUAGACAUCGAUUAAUAUUAGACUGAUGUAUUAAGAGUUUUUUUUUUUUUUUUUGACUAUUAUGAAAAGUAAAUUAUAUGUAAAUAUUAAAGAGCAUAUCAAAUAAUAUUCAACACAGACAUGCUUUCUCAAUGUAUGUUUUUGUCAAGUGUUAUGUCUUAAUUCUUAUUCUUGGAACUAAUAAUCUCUUGACACCAUAUAAAGACUUAGAUUAAUAAUUGCUUAUGGAUUGAUGACAUCCACACAAACUUGACAGACCUCAUUUUUAACUCCUUUGUAUAGUUUUGUCGAUACAAAAUAUAACAUAAAUACAAUAAAUUAUAACAUUUUGAAUGUGCGUAAAUACACGCGUGCAAUUCGUAUUGAAAAUGGGCAAACCAAAGCAAUUAAAAACGUCAUCCUGUAAAACUCCAACAAACUGGGAUGCUACCCGAGGGUGUCACUUUUGUAUUUUCUGAAGAUAAGUUUAGAAUAAAUAAUUUCACACGGCAAAUAAUAGAGUAUGGGUUAGGGUUAUCAUAUUUUUUAUACAAAUGUCCGUUUAUGGAAAAUAACUUGUAUUGCUACCACCUAGUGGUGAUAAAUUGUAGUAUUUAUUACAAAGUUUGUAAAAUUGGAAACGAAUCAGAAAAUACACUACUACUAGAAAUGAUUUUCCAUCAGUGAUUUCAGAGAAAAAUAUAAUAAUACAAUGUGUAUUGUUUGGGGCUGUUGGGUCAGCCGAUUCUUCUUACAAGCUCUCCUUAGUAGCUUUGUCAAACUCGUAGGCUAUUUUCAGUGCCGUGCUAUUAAGCCCCACAGAUUGCAUGUUAGUGAUGAUGGUGACCACAAUUCCCCGGGGGAGGAACUCUGCCCUCGUUCCUUCAGGGUGAGGUGUCCUUUCACUGGGUAAUAUCAACAGAACACUACUGGCUCCAACAGCGCCCCCUGUGUGUGAAACAUAGUGCCUGCGACGUUUGCACUGGCCAUACUUUUGGGAUUUCUCCACUACUAACCACCCUUGGGCAUACAGUCCGUCCUUAUCCCAGCUGGCCUCUGUCCUGUCCACUGGGGCCCAGAGAUCCAGGGAGGUCUGUGGUCUGAGGAAGCCAGGCAGAAGACCGUUGGUGUCCUUCAGCGGGGCAAGCUGGUAGCUGUAGAGCAGGGUAUUGCCGAACAAGAGCAGAUCUCCAACUGUGGACAGAAAGCCACCUCCGGCCCACUUGUAGGAGUUGUCUACAUAUGGGCAGUUCACCACCCGCCCCUUCUUGUUCAGGUGGUAAUAUCUGCAACAUCAAAAACAUGGGAUUCAAAGAUAGUUUUGAACCAUAUAGAACCCAAGAAAUUAUGUCUAAGAAGAUGUUUCAAUGUUAUAUGGCUCACUGUUUGUAAUUAUGUGUAAGUUUGUUUAUUGGCUAGGUUUUAUAUCAUCUUUUGUU